AUGGAACUUGUAUCUCAGUUCACUGAGGAUGCUAUUGCCAAGGAAGAUCGUAUCUGUGGUCGACCUGCUUGCGGUAGCGUUAUCCUGAAAGGCGCACCAUAUCAUUACAUUGCCACCAUUGUGCCCAGCCAACCUGGUCGCUUCGUCUGUAGAGCGUGUUACUUACGAUAUGCACAGAAGCUUUUGACAUCAGUCCGACCCUCUUCAGUUCGCCCUUCUUCUGCGCAAUCACUCCCUGAUCCUAACGUCAUACGGCAAAGUGUAAAUGCUGCACAGCGCAGAUGCCCAGAUAUUACCGUGCCUUUAUUAUGGCAACAACCACCAGUUGGUUCCAGCCAGAACAGGGUACCUGGUCCCACAGGGUACUCGGCACACCACGCUCAAUAUAGUUUGGAGCGUGAGCAAUGGGCUAAACUAGCAUACGCUCCACCCCCUGUGGAGACUAUUACAUUAGAGAUAACAGCUGUGUAUGAGGGGAAUUCAUGGAAGAAAAGCGGACGUGGUAUCAACUUCGGGAAUAUAUGUGAAGGAAAGAAGGAUAUUGAUGCUCGCUUGGACACCCCUAGUCUCAUAGCAAUUGCAUUCGAUACCAUUCUACCCAAAAUCCUCACAUUUGGAAGGGGAUUUCCUUGGCGCACUCAAGAAUUUGUCGUCCGAGAUGCUGCCUGGGUUGACCUAUCUGGGCAUUUGCCUGCUAUUCCAUACUUUUUGGCUCAGUGCUUGGUCCAAUCUCGACAUGCGCCGAAGACAACAACUUUCAAGACUAAGGAAUUCUCACUCAUGGUUGUUGUGCCUGCAGUGCAGUGGAGUGAGUAUGAGGAAUGGCUCGAAAGAACUGAAGAAGAGGAAACCUUGCACGAACAGCUUCAAUGA